AUGGCAGGAGGAGUUGAUGAUGGUACAACGUAUACACGUUCAACUGCAGGUAUCUAUAUUUUCAAUUUGGUGGUUGGUAUAGGUGCGCUUGCUUUACCCUAUGGAUUCCAACAGGCAGGUAUAGUUUUAGGUGUUCUCUUUUUGGUGUGUUGUGGUAUGUUGGCAUUCAUUACAACGACCUAUAUCAUCGAGGCACAGUCUGCAUCGAACUAUCUGUUGGCAUCGGAGUAUCAUGCCGAUGACUCACCGCUGAUCAACAGCAGCAGUAGCGACGACGAUGGUGUGCGUAGCAGUCCCGACUCUGAGAGCUUACCGUUCAUCUCACAACACGACCAACGAUUCAACAUCAAGAAACGUACAGAAGUCGGAUUCAUGACACAGCAAUUCCUUGAUUUAGCUAUUUAUGCAGCGACAGUACCGACAUCAUUAUCGGUUGUAACAGGAGGAUUCAGUAUGGGUAAAUUGGAUUUGUCAGCACAUGAUGUCUACUAUUUCUACUUGGCAUUGUUUGCACUUUUUGUUGUAAUAAUAUUAACAUCAUAUAAACAAUCGUUUAGGAUGAUUAUUUUAUCAAUUAUUUUCAUUGCACAAGGUAAAGGAGCACCACCAAAAGAUUUACCAAUGUUUAACUUUGCAGGUUUGCCAGCAAUGUUUGGUGUAUCGAUCUAUGCGUUCAUGUGUCAUCAUUCCUUACCAUCGAUCAUUACACCCAUCAGUACAAAGAAGCGUUUAACAUUCUUGAUGGGAAUUGAUUUUGGAUCGAUCUUUGUAGCCUAUGCCUUACUUUGCAUUACAGCUGUAAUUGCUUUUGGUAAUCAAACAAACCCAACUUGUGAUUCAUCGAAUCACUCUGGUACUUUUAUUCCAUGUGAAAUUCAAUCUCUAUAUAUUUAUAAUUUUUCAUCUUACAAUAUCAAAGUGUUUGCUAUAUUUUUAUCAUUAUUCCCAGUAUUUACAUUAUCGACCAAUUAUGUUUUGAUUUCCAUUACUUUAAGAAAUAAUUUAUUAAAUCUUAUCACAUAUAAAUCUGAUCAAAUGAAUCCAAAAAUUAGAAAUAUAGUAUUCUCACUUGUAUCAUCAUUGUUACCGGUUGGAAUUGCAUUUGCAACUAGAAAUGUAUCUUUUCUUGUUAAUAUUACUGGUGGAUAUGCAGGUCUUGGUAUUAUUUUCGUGAUGCCAGUUGCAUUGUCAUAUUACUCGAAUAAGAAACUCAAUUCAUUAGGAGUGACAACACCAUACCGAUCAUUAGUUUUAUCUCCCUCGGUUUAA